CGAAUCGUAUGUUUAGUUUAUUAUUAAUAUUACGGCAGAUUUUUCGCAUUUUCCACACUAGAAGGGAAAUCGUAAAAUGUAAAAAACGCCCUCACCAAGAUUUAUUUAAUAGUUAGUGUACAACACGUGUUUCCGCCGAAAUGUGCACCCUCAACAAAAGCAAAGCUCUUAUGGCUUUUAGUAACUUUCUACUCUUGGUAUGUGGUGGUAUACUAGCAACUGGAGGAAUUUUGAUAAUAUUCGACACCGAAAGAGUGCUACUUUCCAAAGUGCUUUCUACCGAUACGCUUGGCGCCGGUAAUUUACCUCAUCCAGUGCUCUAUUAUGUAGCACUCGGCAUUGUUAUGUUGGGUUUCAGUUUGGCCGGUGUGGGCGUUUUGGGCUGUUGGGCUUCUUGCUUACACAGUUACUGCUUUCUAAUAAUUUACAUCCUAAUCAUAAUGGGACUUCUUGUCGGAGAAUGUGCCGUAUAUACAGUUCUAUGGAUUUGGCCAAGUUGUCUAGGAAUGGAACUACGAGUCAAUGAGUUAAUAAGAUCGCUGAAAAAAAAUUAUGGAACCGCGGGAAACGAACAGUUUACUGUCGCUGUAGAUCUCAUUCAAAAAACGUAUCGCUGUUGCGGAAUCCUUUCCUCUGACGAAUAUGAGACUUCAUUAUGGCACUUGCAAGAUUUAGGACCAAAACCAAAGCUGUCAGUACCAUUAUCUUGUUGUGUUCUAAGAAACUUUGUUGAGCCCCAAUCGUACCUUGACCCACAUCCCCGUAACACUUCUCUUUGUCAAGCUUUAGAGAUCAAUAACCAUGAACAGUACAGACAUAAUCGGGGUUGUUUCAGCUACAUCGAGGAAUGGUACACGCAACACCUUUUCGUGUUUCUCCUAACAGGUUUAGCAAUCGUUCUAAUGGAAUUUUUAGUGCUCCUAAGUACAAUUCUAGCAUUUACGAGACUGUGCCAGAGCCGCAACACAAAAAGGGCAUUCGAAGAAGUUGUUGAACCUGAACAACCACAACCGAGAAUUACCGAGAACAUAUACCACACAAGCAUACCAAAUUUGAACAGAACUUUUAGGCAACAUUACAAAACAUGACAAUGGCCAAAGAGGCAAGGCAAUAAUGUUUAUAAUGUCAGUAAAGUGGAAGCUGAAUCCAUG